AUGACCCACGCAUCCCGUGGGCUGCCAGACGCGGGUCAUGGCACUGACUAUCUUGGAAUGAAGCGCGCGUGGACACAGCGUCGGUGGCACGAAGCGAUGCACACGCCCCAGGAACGCCGUGCGACGCUUGAGUUCCGAGGCCAUGACGCGGUGGCACGGCCUUACGCAACCGUGUACCCGUGGGCAGGGCGACAGCAUCAGGGUGAGCGAACGAUGGGCGAACAACCGGGGCGCAGGGCGUUGAUCCCGGCAUGCAAAGGGGCGGCGGGAGAAGACGCAAGAACUGGGGUGCCGUUGCGAGUGGUUCGGUGCAAGUAUGCGUCGGCGGCUCGGCACGUCAUGCGAACCCGGGUUGCUGUGUUAAAACGCGUUCCGUGUGUGAGCGUCUGCAUCUCGCUGUGUGCGCGUGCCCUACCGGAGGACAUGACGGCGCACGAAGCUGAUCAUUGUCAGACAGAGCUCUGGAAAAUGAAGAUGUCACAAUCCACAGGCAUGCAUCGACGCCCUGAAGCACUCCGAUCACGAUGUGGGGUCUCCAUCGUCUCACCCGAGCGAAAAUCUUACGCAGACAUCGAUCCUUUACCGAAGUACGAAGAGCAGUCCGAUCUCGAUUGCAACGGCUCCGGACGAUCAUGGAUGAAGCGUUUCCUGUCGCAUCCCUCAAAGUUGUGGGACGUUGCAAUGCUUGUCAGAUGA